AUGUCCGCUAACAACGAUGUCUACCAGACCCCCCUCAACUCGCGUUACGCGAGCACUGAGAUGAAAUAUCUUUUUUCUCCUCGCAUGCGUUUCUCGACCUGGCGUAAGCUGUGGAUCUGGCUCGCCGAGUCUCAGAAAGAGCUUGGCCUGCCGAUCACCGAUGAGGCCCUUGAGCAGAUGAAAGCCCACGCCACCAUCCAGGACGACGAGUUCCAGGUUGCCGCCGAGGAGGAGAAGCGCCGGAGACACGAUGUCAUGGCUCACGUCCACGCCUUUGGCCAGGUUGCUCCCGCCGCGGCUGGCAUUAUCCACUGGGGUGCCACCUCGUGCUACUGCACUGACAACGCCGAUCUGAUCCUGCUCCGGGAUGGUCUCGACAUCCUCAUCCCCAAGCUGGCUGUCGUCAUUGAUAAGCUGUCCCAGUUCGCCCAGGAGUACAAGGACCUUCCUUGCCUGGGUUUUACCCAUGGUCAGCCUGCCCAACUGGUUACCGUCGGCAAGCGCGCCUGUCUGUGGAUUCAGGAUCUGCUGAUGGACCUGCGCAACCUCGAGCGUGCCCGCGAUGACCUUCGCUUCCGUGGUGUCAAGGGCACCACUGGUACCCAGGCUUCCUUCCUGCAGAUCUUUGAGGGUGACCACGCUAAGGUCGAGAAGCUCGACGAGCUUGUCACCGAGAAGGCUGGCUUCAGCUCCGCCUUCAUCAUCUCCAGUCAGACUUACUCUCGUAAGAUCGAUGUGGACGUCGCCAACGCACUUGGCUCCUUCGGUUCCACCUGCGAGCGUAUCGGUAUUGACAUCCGCCACCUGGCUAUGCUUAAGGAGGUUGAGGAGCCAUUUGAGAAGGACCAGAUUGGCAGCAGUGCCAUGGCUUACAAGCGUAACCCUAUGCGCUCUGAACGUCUGUGCUCGCUCGGCCGCCACCUCCAGAACCUGCCCAAGGAUGCCCUGGAUACCUACUCCGCCCAGUGGUUCGAGCGCUCUCUGGAUGACAGCGCUAUCCGUCGUAUCAGCAUUCCGGAGCUCUACCUCUCCGCUGAUGCCUGUCUCAUUCUUCUGAACAACGUUACCUCCGGCUUCGUUGUCUACCCCGAAGUCAUCAAGCGCCGCGUCAAUGACGAGCUGCCCUUCAUGGCAACUGAGAACGUUAUCAUGGCCUGCGUGAAGAAGGGCCUUUCUCGCCAAGAUGCCCACGAAGAGAUCCGCGUCCUCUCCCACCAAGCCGCCGACAACGUCAAGAAGCAGGGCAAGGACAACGACCUGCUCGACCGCAUCCGCCGCACCGCCUUCUUCAACCCCAUCCUGCCCGAGCUGGACAGCCUCCUCGACGCCCGCACCUUCGUCGGCCGUGCCCCGCAGCAGGUCGAGAAGUUCACCGCCACCGAGGUUGCGGCCGCGCUGAAGCCGUACGCUGCGCACGUCGCGAAGGCCGAGACCUCCGCUCUGCACGUUUAG